UUGUGGCUCUGUAUUGUAUGCACCUACAUGUACUUCUAUAAAUGUUAUAUCAACAACAGUGACAAUCUCGAAAAUACUUGUAUUCUUGUUUUGUUUGUACUUUCCUUAGUGUUCAUCACUAAUUGUUGUAUGUCAUUCUUGCCAGUAUGUACAUGUAUGUGAUGUUUGUGUACUAGUGAACCAAAAUGUUUAAUAAAUUUUGAAGAAUUUCGAUAUUGUCAGUGGAAUAUUGACAUGUAUGCCUGCUCGGAGUUUUACAUUAUUUCCACAUUUCAUUCUUUGCAAUUUUCUGCAAUUAUUGCCAGAAUGCUUAUCACUAACCAUCUUAAUGAAUAAAUGUUGCAACUGAAGUUGAAUUUACACCAGACACGUGUCCACAGCUCAGUUUAUAUCAGUCCUAAUUCAUGAGGAAUAUAGUGUAUAACGCAACUGUAAAUGCCUGACGUCCACAUAUGUGGACGUUUCGUAAAUUGAAAAUUAAAUAUGCAAAUUGGCAAAUGUGAAUAUUUCUCCAAUUAGUGAGCCUACAGUGAGACACACAGCCAGUAGUAUCUAUUUUAGUAGCCAGCAAGUACUCUCAGGCACUAAAGGGCAAUGGUAGUACUGUCCCAAAGGGAAAGGGAUUCUGUAAUUUUUAAAAUUUUGACGAUUUGACCAAUGAGAGCGCAAAACAGACUAUACUCAUGAAUAUGCAUUGGUUUGGUCUAUUUAAGUUCUAGUUUCGCAAAGAGUGGCUGUUUCGCAUGAAAUUCAGCCAACCAAUUUUGCGCUUUGUCGUGUUUCUGCGUCAGUAGUCAGUCACAAUGUUGUCCCGGGGCCGGGGAUGGGGACCGGGAAUGGGGCGAGUAUAUAACCCGUGUAGUACGGCGUUGAUCCCCAGUGCAAACCGAAGUAAGCCGCGCUAGGAGAACUCUUCGACGAAUCCGCACCGUUUUUGAAGACCACGUUGAACCAGAGUUCCCAGGCAAAUAGUAUCAAGCAUCACGAUGAAGUCUGUUUUCCUUUUGACUGCUUUCCUGGGCGUUUUCCUGGCCCAAUUGACACUGAGUGAAGCCAUUAGUUGUUACUCCUGCGCGCCAACAGACAGCGGUUGUAGAUCUCCGUUCGUCACGUCCGAGCACCAGGACUGGCUGAAGGCGUGCACCAGCGGCAAAACCUGCUUGCAAACCAUCAAUUCCGACAAGACGACGACUCGAACUUGCAACAACCAAGACACGUGUAUGGACGGCACGACAACUAGCUACUAUCAAAACUGUUUCAAUAACAUAUGUACAGAGGAGUAUUGCUGUACCGGGGAUGGCUGCAACUCGGCCCCGGUCGCUGUCUCCUUCAGUGUCCUGCUGACCGCUUUCAUGGUUCUGGCUACCUGGGCUUUCAGAAAAUAAUACGCAAAAUUCUGCAACUGCUUGAUUCUAAUCGUAUUUGUUUUCCAAAUAGCAAUUCAGUUAAAAGGUAGCGUCCGUCAUUUGUAAUUUGUACAUUAUGUUCGUUGAAGCAACAAACAUGCUCAAAAUCUAAAGAAGGGUGCUGAACAACU